CUUUCCACAAGUCUACUUUCGUAAACUUCACGAAAACAUGACCCUUCAGGUUAUCCGACCUAUUUUUGUGUUUCCCGAAUGGCGUGCUCGACAAGUCAGCCACUGAUAAUAAUUAACGUUUAAUUACCCCUCACGUUCGUUUUGUUCGUUUCACAACUUUUUCUCCCUCACAACAGAACAAGUGUCAACCAUUCCUCUUUUACAAACCCACCUUGAGCUUCAAAACAAGAGAAGAAUAGCAAGUAUCAUCUUCUUCAGUAUUUUGUCGUCAGCCUCCACACUUUCUCGGUUGCUCGUGCCCCGGAAAAAUGACCAAACAGCCCUCAAACCCCAGCUUUCCACCACCACAAGACGACGUAAUCACAGUCGUUAACUCCCGAACCCGCGAAUGGCAUUUCCAUAUUUAUUUUCUGAUUCAAUCACCUGUUGAGACGGCUGCUGCACUUGCGCUUCGUGAUGCGGUAUUGAGGCUGCGUCGAGAUGGUGCGUUCGUCGCAGUGCCGUUGUUGAGGGUUAAUAAAUAUCCUAUUGGACCGCAUCCGGCAGGGUCUUAUGAGAUCUGGGUCCCAGACACUUCAUUCUCAGAUGUCUACUUCUAUUUGGCAUCCAAUCGAGGGAAUCUCAGCAUCCUCAUCCAUCCCUUGACAUCCGACCAACGCCGCGACCACGAUAGCCGCGCAGGCUGGCUAGGGAAACCAUGGCCUAUCUAUCUCGAUGUCCUUCCACGUGAUGGCCCUGUCCCAUUACAGUACCCUGAGCUUGGUUUAGGCUUCAGCACAUCACCAAAAGAGGAGAUUUCAUUUGAGGAGAGGAGACAGCGGGGAAGCGAGGUUGAGAAAAUUCUUGAAGGGGACGAGGAGGCCGCGCCGGCUCCGAAGGAUUGAGCUGUGGUACUGAGAAAGCUAUGAGUCGGAACUUUUGAAGAUUGCUAAAAGUUGGGAAUCAUGAAACUGAAGAAGAAAAUCUGACUUGAUUGAGGUCUUACAGCCUUUUUGCGCAGUCUGGUAGGUAAAACCAUCCAUUCGACAGUGCUCAGCCUUGACUAGGAAUUAUCUUCCGCCCUGUACAUGACUUAGUCCUUGUCAUCGAAAUCCUCCGAGAC